AUUUUCAUCGGAAAACUCGCUCUCCUUAAAGUGCGUUAAAUACUUCUGCGACACAUGAGAACAUCUUACUCUGCUGCGCAUUUUCCAGUCCUGAUGGGAAGUGAAUGUGGUGACUUUCCCCCUGUCUUUUUUUUUUUAUUAAGUGCAUCCCACAGAUCUCUCUCUUCCCUUAUUUUCCCCUCUCUCUCCGUGUUGCGUAAACGUGUGCGUUUCCCGCACUAAUCCAAGUCCCUCCCAGACAGAAGAAGAGGCUCUUACCGUCUUCGCACAGCUUUGUGCUUUCAUUCAUUCAGCCAAAGCCAUCUCCAGUCUUCAUACUUGAAUGCCUGCAUGUGGAUAACUGCAACAACGUUGUAAUGAGGACAGUUUUCCGCAUCUUCUGAUGUGUGUAAUCGUUUAAAGUCUGGAUCAGUACUGAAGAAAUCUGCGUUACGCACGAGUUAAACCCAUCGUCGUUACGCGUGGAUCAAAGCCUCACCUAUGCAGGAUGAAGGUUUCCUAUGGGUGUCUGGUGGUCUCAGCCGGAUUCUGCGGUUUGCUCAGCUUCGCCCUUUUGGCGACUUCAUUGGGAACAGAAUACUGGUACAUUAUAGAGAUGAAGAACGCGAGCGACCUAGAGGACAUGAGCUCACAUUCGGGUCUGUGGACCAUUAAUGAAGGUAAACUGCUUUUCAAUUCACAAUUCAAACCUUUUGGCGCAUGUGGUGUCAGCUCGGAUAUUUACAUGUAACUUAAGAGCCCUUCCUCCUUUUUAAUAUGAACUAUUCAGGUGGGAAGAUGCAGACAGACUCUAUCGACUCCUUCGCAGCUGACUACUCCAGGUACUCUGAAACCGAGCUCCACAUGCUGAGUGAGUGUUCAUCACAACACACACUUCGAUUGUCAAAUUUGACUCCAUCUAUGACUUCAUAGAUGCCGCCUCUGUCUUCUCUGCCCACCUGUCCUCAUAAACAGACAUGCACAGAGCCAUCGUGGUGGUUCUUUCCCUCAGCCUAGUCCUGCUGCUGUUUGGAGGCAUCUUUGGCCUGGUCAGCUCCUUGGCCCGGAGCCCUGUGCUCCUCACUAGCACGGCCUCCUUCUUCUUCAUCUGCAGUAAGUUCAAGCUCAGACUGUUUCAUGUCAGUGUUGGUGAUGAUGGCAAUAGAAGCGGAGAGCAUCCAGUUGGUAAAGUGUUUUGUCUUUUUUUGCACUCAAUGAGUCAGUUGAGCUGCUUAUGACGUCUGAUCAUCCAUUAGGAAAAAAAACCCACAGUUCCCAGUGGUACUCACGCACCAAGAUGAAUUAGAAUUAGUGGCAAUUACUCCAGACAAUACAGGAAAAGGCUCAAAAGGACAAGCAAGAGGUCCACAUCCACACAUUCUUGACAGAGGGGGGUCUCACAGAAAAAUUGUGUCUUUUUACCUUUAAGAGUUCCAAACACAGCACACACUGGACCAUAAAUUGUAGGUUAUGAUUUAAUUACACUGUCCAAAUGUGCCACAGUGAGAGUAGGAUGGAAAUACACAUCUAUAUGAUUCUGCUCCGGACCAAUGACCUAAGUGUUCAGGAUAAAAAGCGAAGUCAUUAGGUGAAUAGUUAGUGAAAAGGAGAGAGCAGAACAUUGUCUGCACCUUGCUGAAAUAUCUUCUCUCAAAUGGCUGAUUUUAAAGGAACAGGAAAACACAGAGGUGUGAACUUUGGUGCAAUUUCCUCCACCUUUAUGUGUCAUGUGCAAGUGUUAAUAUUUCCCCCAUGCUCUACUCUAAGUGUUGCAUUUGUAUCUGCUUUUUUUUUCACCUGAGGAAAACACCCUGACUAUGUUUUGGAAUGAUCCAAGUAUUGGCUUUCCAUGCUUUGAUAAAAAAAUGGAAUAUAAAGAUUAUAGGAAGUAGAAAGAUUAACAUAUGAAUUGAUUUACAGGUAUCAGUAUAGGAUGGUACACUGUCAGUGUGGCACGCUUUCAUGAUCUCCCUUCAUGUAACAUACACUAUUUGGUGAAAUCAGCAAAUAAGUGAAAAAAAAACAACAUUUAUGUAAAGAGCGUGGCAGCAGAUUCAGUCCAUGUGGUAGAUCUGAAGAAGAUGGAGCGCCUGUGCCAGAUUGCAAGACUGAAAAUGACGCAGGUUAUAGUUAUUGACCCCAUAAGGGCAAAGUGACUGACAUUUAUCACCGUACUUGGCAGCUCAUUUUGAGCCAUAUUGGCUGUAUAUGCAUGGAUAGGCAGGGGGAAGUGUGUGUGUGUGUGUGUGUGUGUGUGUGUGUGUGUGUGUGUGUGUGUGUGGGUGGUGUCUGUUACAUCAGUGGAGAUUCAUUUUGCUCUCUGUCAGAUGGGUUAUGAGAGCUUUAAUUGGUCUGAGGGGAAGAGCAACAGCAAAACUAAAUUGUCUUGGAAACAACUAAAUCCCAAAUUUGUUUUGUAUACCUUUAUUUAUUUCAACACAUACUGCUCCCAUCUCACUUAAUUUCUGUGAUACAGCCAAUGAUAACACUUGUCAGGGCCUUCAGGAACCCACACAUCAGGGACUUCAGGUUGGUGGGCGCAAAGAGAUUAUUAUUCAGUGUGGAAAAAGUAAUUACAAGGAAAAAUAUUGAUAUAUAAAUACACAUUAAAUGUUAAAAAUGUGUGUCCAAAUCUGUUUAACUUUUAUGCAUUACAUCUGUAUAGUCUCUAAAAGCAUGCUUGACAUAGCAGCUGCCUGGAGUGAAGCCAAAAUUAUCAGAGCUCCUCCUGGUGACUUUGUUGCAUCCUCCAUUAUAAGGGUUACAAGGGUAUUUUAAUGACAAAGCUAUUAAGGACUUUUAUUAUGGAGAAUUUCUCAGAAAUUAAUGUGUUUAUGUGCAACUUGAAUGAGCUUUAGUGUAGCUAGAGCAGAAGGUACUGUUGCUCCUUUGACCACGCUGAGCUGACACUGCCAGCAAAACCUGUUAAGUUGUAGUUUGUGCACCUCACUCAUCGUUGUCAUCUCUAGUAAGGCACAGCUGAUGCCAUUUUGAAAUUCUAACCAUCCAUAAACCACCUGAAAAACUGAGUAAAAAAAGUUGUUUUUCUGAAACAAUUUCACUCCUGUCCUUUGAAAAAUCACAACCACUUCAUGAGUUUAGGUUACGAGAUAAAUCUUGAUUCCAGUGAAGUGCAGCCACGCCAUUUAUGCCCACAGCAGGAACAGACACAAAACUGCAUUAAUAAGAGGAGACAGAUGUUCAAAAAAAUUUAAUAUAAUGCGUUAUGGGGGUGGCAGUAGUUCAGGAGUUAGAGCAGUCGUUCAAUAACUGGAAGGUAGGUGGUUCGAUUCCUCCCUAUCCUGAGUUUGUUUGUUGUGUCCUUGGGCAAGACACUCAACCCACCUUGCUCCCAGUGUAUGUCCUCCACUGGUGUAUGAUUGUGAGUGUUGUGUGGUGGUGUAUCCAUUGAUGUAUCCAAUGUAAAGCACUUUGAGGGUCUCUGAUAAAGCGCUAUAAAAAUCUGAUGCAUUAUUAUUAUUAGUUAUUAAACACAAAUCAACACAUUCAUACUAUUAUUGUUCACUACAAGGAACUUUAAGGUACAGAAAAUGAAAUAAAAUCUAAAAGUGGUCAAUUUUUAGAGGUCACCCUGAACAUCUCUGGGGAGUCCCUCUCCCUUGUUGUGUGAACCAUGAGCACUAGCCUUCCCUUCGUCAACAAGUGGAACUGGGGUCAGACUGUAAGACUGAAAUAUAUGGCAAAUAAUUCCCCCCAAAACACGUCUUCUGUCACCAUAGUUGGUUUUUACAGCCAGUCAAUAGGAGAGGAGCUCUAAGUCUGUUUUGGUUUCACUUUUGGGAAGCUGUCAUCUACUGUUAUGAGAGCUUUAAUUGGUCUGAGGGGAAAAGCAACAGUCUAUUUUGGCUUCACUUUUGGGAAGCUGUGUCAUCUACUCUUGUACAGUUUUCAGUUUAACUCAUUACUAGAGUUUUGCACUUGCUUCUCACUCCUGUUAAAGUUAAACAGGAGUGAUAUAAGGGUAAAGACUCUUAAUGUUGCGUGUAACACUUACCCGUUUAUCAGAUUUAAGAAAGAACAGAUAAGUUAAUAGAGUUGAUUUAGUCAUCAGUGCUUUAAAUUAAACUUGUCUGUCACACACUAGAGUUGUCAUGAGUUUGGUGUUGGCGCCAAAAAAAAACCCCAGCAGAUUAGACAGUAAACCAAAGCUGUCUGUGACAUAUUCAAUAAACCAUGUCAGUUCAUUCUACUGAUGGAGUCAGAUUACCAUUACAGCUAUCAUGUUUAUGUUGGUUUUUACACUAACUUUACUACUUAUAAAAGGUGUCUGAGCUUUCCCUCUGGAUCCUCUCAUGGUAAUGCAUUACAACCUUUACGAAGAAGACCUUGUGAUUGAUUAACACUUAAAGGGGCCUUUCAUGGUGUUCCCUUUAAUGAGCAGCACAUGGAAAUGUGUUGAGUAGAUAAAUACUAAUUGGAUUGAAGAAAUGUCUUGUUUACUGUCCGGCUUUUCAAAUAUCUCCUCCUCCACACACCCGAGGCUGAGAGAGUCUUUCUUUAGGUGUCUUUUCUCGUCAGUGUCUGUUUCCUUUGAAAUAUUUGUCGACCAGUUUUCUGCUGCUGUCUUAAUUUGUUUAACACUGGAGCACGUGUUUUUUAAUGAGUGUUUAGGACCAGAGUAUUUCCUGAGCACAUGUUUAGUCAGCAUUUAUUCUUUUAAUAAACCCUCAGCACAAUUGGAAAAGUUUGUGCGAAGGAGAAGCAAGAGGGUGAAAAAUUGAGCCUCAUUACAGACCAAAGCAUGUAUUUGAGGGGCUAUAUGGUAUGUAUACAUUUGUGUAUGCUGUGCGUGUGUUUGUGACAGUGUGUUUAAUUGGAACUGAUGGCUGGAAAUCUUCAUAAUUGCCUUGUUCUUUGCUGCAAUGUUGAAACUUCUGCACAACAACCAUUAAACAGCCAAAUGAGUCAGUUUCGGAGCCUCCCUGCAGAGUUUUUCGAUCGCUUCCUGGUUACUUCAUUUACAGUGUGACUCCGUUUUCUCUUUAAUGAGAACUCUGACAAAGAGAUUCACUGUUGAAAACCGAUUCGCAUUCAUAACCACAGCAGAACUGUCUAUCUUACUGAGGACAUUUGUGUUAUUGCUGUUGCCUAUGUUGCAGUGUCUUAAAAUCAGUUUUGAUGAAUAUAGUUUAGAAAAGCUUAUUGUUCCCUCUCUAUCAGACACUGCAGAUAAUUAUCUGAAGGAGAAGCGUGAAGAACAAUACUGACGUUCAAAAUUGUAGCAAAAGUUUAUUCCUUUUCAUGUUCAGCAGGAGAGUUCACUAUAUGAUCUAAGUGUAUAUUCCCUGUAUAUAAAGAUGGACACGCGUCUUUAUCUCCACCCCACACUGGAGACUUGUUUUGUUGUUGGCUGUUUAGCCUUUUCUCCACGCAUCAGGAUUCAACUUGAACUUCAUUAGAGAUAUUUCAGUCCUGUUUGACACAUUAUUUUUCACUUUAACUGAACCAUCUGGGAGUUUUUAAAUCGAAAUGUGCCAUCCAAAGCACAUUGUUGUUGUUAUCUUUUACCACCCACUGAGCAUUUUUUGGUCUUAAAGAGGUCUAAUAGAUGUCUAAAUGUAGCCUAGACAACUGGUCUGAAAUCAGGUUACAACAGGUCUAAAAAUGUUUUCUAGACGUCUAAAUUCAGGCCAAGUUUAUACCAAGUCUCAAUCUGGGCUAUAUCUAUCCUACACUGUAUAUUGCUCACUGGCUAUCAUAAUUAUUUUGGUUAAGUACUUGGAGAUCAAUUUUCCAACUCACAGUUGCUUUUUGAAAUAAAUAGUUAUCCAACAAUCGGUUAAAGUGCACCAUCUAAAUUUCAUCUAAAAAUAUACAGAAUCUAGAUGGUUGAAAUUAGGUCCAAAAAAAAAAAAAAAGACGUCAAAUAGGCGUCUAUUCCUAAGUGGGCAAGGUGGCAACAGAAGCAAGAAAACACUACUAUUUCAGACCUUAAUUGUAUCGUGAUGAACAAGUUAACAGUGGGAUUCCUGAUUUAAAUCAGACUUUUCAGAACAAAAGGAUACGCAGAAAUACAUUGUUCAGAAAAAUAAAGGGAACAUAUUUCCCACACUGUGCAACUUCCAGUCAAUCACACUUCCAGGGAAUCGACCUUUCCAGUUCAGAAGCAACGGUGAAUCAGUGUCCCCUGCUGCUCAGGUAAUGAGACAAGCAACAGGUGGAUAGAAGAGGCAAUUAGCAAGACAACCCCUACUUAAAUGUGAGUUUUACAGGCGGUGACCACAGACCAUUUCCCUCUCCUCGUCCUUUCUGGGUGACUCUUGGCUAGUUUUGCAGUUUUCCAGUUCCCUCACUGAAAGCUGUGGUAGCAGAAGAUGGUGUCUGCAGCCCACAGAAGUGGCUUUAGGGCUCUAGGUACAGCUUCUCCAGGAUGGCACAUUCAUUCAAACCGUGGGCACAAGAUUUGCGGUGUCUCCCAGCCUGGUGUCAAGAACAUGGAGGAGAUGUCAGGAGAAAAGGCAAUACACCAGAAGAGAUGGAGCGGGCCAUAGGUGAGCAACAACCCAGCCGCAGGACUGCAGUCUGCCCCUUUGUGCAAGGAGGAACAGGGGAAGCACUGCCAGAGCCCUACAAAAUGAUCUCCAGCGGGCCACUCGUGUGAAUGUUUCUGACUUCAUGAAGGUGGCAUGAGGACCCCACAUCCAUAAGUGGGGUCUGUGCUCACAGCCCGUUAACAUGUAGCCUGAUUGGUCUUGGCUUGAGAACACCAGAACUGGCAGAUCCACCAUUAGCACCCUGUUCCCCUCACAGAUGAGAGCAGGUUCACACUUAGCACAAGUUACAGACGUGAGAGAGUCUGGAGAUGCUGAGGAGAACUUUCAGCCACCUGAAAUAUCCUCCUGCAUGAUUGGUUUGGCGGUGGGUCAGUGAUGGCAUAUCCCUGGAGGGCUGCACAGACCCUUCACCUGUUAGCCAAAGGUACCCUGACUGCUCUUAGGUACCUGGAUGAGAUCUUAGACUCUUUUUCAGACCAUAUGCUGGUGCAGUGGGCCUUGGAUUCUUCCUGGUGCAUGGCAAUGCCCUACCUCAUGUGGCUGAGGUGUGUCAGCAUUUCCUUGAUGAUGAAGGCAUUGGUGCCAUUAGCUGGCCCACCAGUUCCUGAGACCUAAACACUGCAUACAUUGUCGCACCCCAGACUGUCUCGGAGCUGACUGAUGCCAUAAUCCAAGUCUGGGAGGAGAAUCCCCCAGGAGACCAUCCACCAUCUUAUCAGGAGCAUGCCCAGAUGUUGUAAGGGGUGCAUAUGCACACUACUGAGCAAUAUUAUGGGUUGUUUUGAUGAUAUUCAGAAAGGUUGGCUCAAAAAAUAUACAUCAAUUCCCAGUUUUAUUCAUAUGAACCUAAUUUAAUUAAUUCAAUCCAAAACUGAGAAGCUACAUGCCUUGUCAUUAAGGUAUUAAAGGGGUGGUAGUUGUAGUUGUAAUAGUAUCUCUACAUGCUUUCUAUGUGAGUGACUUUCCAGAUUGUCACUCCCUGUAUCUCUGCUUUUCUGCACAACAUGAGCAGCAACACCCAGCUUCCUCUUCACUCUGAGCUCGUAGCACCUCAGGGUGUCAUUGUAAUAAAGCAAUUAUUAGUCCCGCCUUGGGUUGCCUCUGCGCUCCACUUGCAUCCCCGUAAAACCAGUAGCAAGCCUUCAGAAUUCAAAGGGUUUCCAAUAGCAACACUGUGUGAAACUUGUGAGGAUUGUGUGCAUUUGUGUCUGUGUUUGUCUUGUCUCUGGUGGCGGUGAUGUUGUGUGAGCAGGCAGCACAUACGUCAGUGUACUUCCUCUGCCUCACAAUACGACAUUUUUGGGAAUCUAAUGGCCCGGUGUUAUUGUCUGGUUUCAUUGAUGAGCUCUGCACAGGGCUGCUAUGAGUUUCUGCUUUAUAAUUGGUUUUCAAUUUCUUUCAGAAGUCUUUAAUGUUUAUGGCUUAUACACAGAAACAGGGAUGUACCCAUAGAUUGUUCACUGCAUUGUCCCAACAUAGGCCAUCUGUCUUUACCUGUCUUAUUUGUGUUGUAUACUCUUUUACACUUUCUCAUACUGUUUUUUUCUCUUAAAAUGAUUUUUUUUUUUUACUCUUUCACUAUUUUUUACUCUAAUACUAUUUUUCUCCACCUUGUACAGUUUUUUACUGUCCUACUCAGUCUUUUACAGUCUUAUACUGUUUUUUACGGUCUUAUACUCUUUUUUUUACUGUUUUAUACUGUUUGUCUGUCUUAUACUGUCUUAUGGUGUUUUUUGUGUGUUAUAUGGUCUUUAACGUGCCUUAUAUUGUCUUAUACAUGUCUUAUACUAAUGUCUUACACUCUCUGUGACACAUAAACAGGGAUGUACCUGUUAUUUUUUAACAACAUUGUCAUUGCCCCAACAUCCUUUACUGUCAUUUAUUGUCUCAUUCGUGUCUUUUACUGUCUCACACUGUCUUACACUGUCUUCUGCUGACGCAGUGAUGUCGUGUACUUUCCUACAUAGUUUUGUACAUGUCUUCUAUGUGCCUUAUACUUUCUUAUACCUGGAGGAGUGGGAGUACAAAAAUGUCUAACUUAAUUUAUGUAUCAUCUCUGUCUUCACAGAGGUUGAAUAUCUUAAAUGGUAAAAUUUCACGCAGGAGCUUAAUCAUCAAUCAAUCAAAAAUCUCAGUCUGCGACCAGUUUUUACUGACUGUUUCCAUGGUUUUAAGAGCAGUUCACCUUUUUUUUUUGACUGUCAUCCUUACGUCACGUAUCACAUUUAUGAACUCCUGGUAGUUUGGAGGAAAUACAGAUGCCUGAAUUCUAUCAGUCUGUCACUAAAAACAUUACAUUGUCUAAUAUGUUUUUGUCCAACCUAUAGAUCUACAUGUUUGCACAGCAAGUUUUUCUUCAUUGCAUUUCAAAAGAAAAAAAACAGCAUGAUACCAAACUAAUUUGUUGAACUUCCCAGGGAUAGAAAAAGACAAAUAGCAAAAGAAGAAAGUGUGCUAAACUGAAAUCCCUAAAAGCCAUUUAUAGUCUGUUUAAACACAGCAUUAGUUUGAACUGAAGUCUGGCCUCUUAGGGGAAAUGUAUCAUCAUAUUAUAGGUUAUGAACAUAGACAGUAUAUAGAAUGGACAGCGUUUGUCUCCUCGCUGUGUGAAGCCACUCCGAGAACAGCGCCCUCUGUUGACGGGCUGCAGUAUAGGUCAAAAAUCCUGCCUCCUGCAGCAAUCCCUAUGGAGCUGUGGACAAACUUUAGAAAUUAAUUACACAGAAUAUAAAUUUUUCUCCCCCUGGUUGUGAGGUUGACAUGUAGUUACAAUAAGACUGGUUUGUGCUCAAGUCCUCUUUUUUCUGUACAGCUCCAUUUUUAAAAGUUAUCAGGGGUUCAUGUUUUCUAUGAUUGACACUUGAUACAGCCUAUGGGUGUACGAAGAUUGUAUAGAUCACCUGACUCUCCCGCCGAAUGUGCACAAUGCUACUGCGCAAGUCGUGAACAACGCUACUGCACAAUGUUGGUUUCAGGAAACGGAGAAAAAUUGCGGAAAUACCAAGAGCUUUUCGGCUUCAAAUCCGUAUACUGGGGAAGGCGGAACCAAGUUGUCCAUGGUAUGUACAGUUUACGGUUAUGAAGUCUAACAUUGGACAGACAAUCAAAAUUCAGGAGGGCUCAUGCCACUCUAGGGCACCCCCAGAAACACCCCUGCUCAUAAAUGUGAAGUGCAUUUCCAUCAAUGGACUUGAUAGUACUGAUCAUGGAAACUGUUAAAAGAUGGACCACAUGACAAACCCCAAAGUGAAGCCUGGACGUACAACAAACCUCCCUGACAGUCAGCAGGACAGAACAUGAAUAAUGAUUAAUGUACAUUAUCACUGACUUCUUCAACAAUCUGCGCUUUAUAAUUAGCUUAAUUUUGUAGUAUUCUGCAUUUUGUACUCAUCUGUUUAUUCUUAUGUAUUUAUUUUGUUUCUUUUUCUAUGAUCUUGCUAUUAUAGUGCAAAAAAGAACAACUUUAAUGGCUAAAUGUCCCCCCAGUAAUGAACAAAGUGUUUCUAUUUCUGAACACAAGAAGAGGGUCAUCACUGUUUUGUCUCCACCAGUUGACUCCUCCUGUGCUGACUCUACCCAGUGCUGGGGUUAUUUUAGAAGGCGGAAACACAUCAUCCAUCUUUAUGCACAGUCAAUAAUACUCAACAGGCGAUAAUUUGAAUGUGUUUUUAUUUCCCUCCAGGUCUGCUGACUCUGUGUGGAGUGAGUCUCUACAUCAUCUAUUCACACCAGGCCCUGGCUGAGAUAGAGAGGCUGGUAGGUCUUGAGGCCUUGUCCUACAUUCACACCUCCUUUGGCUGGUCAAUGUAUCUGGCCUGGCUGUCCUAUGGCCUGGAGCUCCUGGCUGGUGUUCUGCUCUUAGGCGCUCGAAUGAUCAAGCUGCAGCACAGCAGUCCAUCCAAGGCCUGACGCAUGUCUGUAUUAUUGUCAAAAGGAGGACUGCACUGAUGAACUGUUUGGUUCUGCCUCAUUUAAAGGUAAUAGAGGAGAAGUGAAAUCUCAAAGGUUGGAUAUAUUUUUGAAUGCUUACAGUGUUUGAUUUCAAGUUGAGCAGAGAUUGAUGCAGUUUGCUGUAAAUACAGUGGCUCACAACUCAAAAUAAGUUAAAUUUGGUCAAGUACGCCCUCUUGUGGUGGAAAAUAGAAUUGCUGGGAGAUUGAAAUUAAAACUAUGAAUCUGUGCCAAACUUUAUAGUCAAGCUAACAUUUUAAUAACAUAUUUAUUUCAAGUUAGCUGAUACUUUUUUUCAUUUGUUUGUUUGUUUUGGCAAUUUGCAGCUUAACUUUCAAGUAUUAACUGUGCCAUCAUGGUAGCUAGAUGUCAUCAAACUGUACAGUAAAUGUGACUCAUCUACAGAUGAUAUGACUCAAAUGCACAAAUAUACUGGAUCAAUAGAUGCUUUUUCCUGUUA